CUUCCAGUGACAUCUAAAGGUUGGUGACAGAACACAGUUUCAAUAUGCCUGGGUCUCAAAACCUAGUGCCUACCUAGACAGCAUUUUAGGGCAUCCUAAAUAGGUAGUCACAUUAUGUGAUGCCCUCAGUGCGGUCUAGAUAGACAACUAACUAGGUUUGGGGAGACAGCCUGUAUGUUUUGUGUAUGUGUUCACGAAAAGGUUUAAGGUCAGGUGUGUAGUUCUGAGAUAUCUUAAAGCUAAGUCCUUAGUUUUAUUUGUAUAUUCAAAUAUGUGUAGACGGAAAGUUGUUAUGAGAGUUCAGAUUUAGCUUGAACAAGUUUCUUUCUGCAUAGGACAGCCUAUGCAUAUUAGUUUCUUUGCGUCAACAUUACUCACCAGGAAACUGAAACCAAAUGUGUACUGAAUUAUACAUAUACUGCUGCUGAGUCAUGUAACAAGCAAUAUGGAACUAUCCCACUGCUAGAUGCUUAUCUGGACUGCGUUUCCCAAAAGCAUCACAAGUUAAGUUAGAGACCAUUGGCACCAAUGGUUUCUACAGUCUACUUAGGCUUGCGAUGCUUUUGGAAAACGCAGCUGUGCUCUUUUUCAAAACCAGACCUGUGUUUUUCAAGUAAACUGUGACUGUUUCAUAAGAAUUGUAUUAAAUUUUUUUAACAAGUUUGAUUUAUUAGGUGAAACAAAUGUGGUCACACUCGCAGCGACAAAGCAACUGGAUCUCGUUCAUUUUCAGUGAGAGCUGGUGACUUCCAGUGACACAAGCAACAGCGACUAGAUGUGUGCGUGUCCAGCGAUUUGAGAAGGAUAUAGCUGCAGGCUGAGCUCCAAAAAGGGGCGGGAGCUCAAACAGCCAGCAAAGAUAUAGGGUGACCCUAACCUAAAACUUACCCUAAACAGUGGGUAGAAGUGGCACCCCCUUUUUGGAGUUGCUCCACGCACUUUUGAAGUAACCACGCCCACUUCCAGAGUUACUCCGCCCCCAUUUGGAGAUGCAGCAAUACCUAAUAGACCUUUUUCACACUCCGGGUUUUGGAACGAGGAAGUAAAUGAUUGCAGGGUAAACUUUGACAGUGGUGAAUGGGAGACCACAGCGAAUAUUAUUUUCUCUUACCCAUUUGCUCCAAGAGCAAAAUAAAAAAUCCACUGUUACAUUUGAAUGACUUUCCAGAAGAAAAAGAAAAUAGAGAGCGGUGGAUUAAGCAAGUCAGAUGGGAAAAGAUGCCAAAUUUACUGUCACUCUCUCAGCAGCUGUAAUAGAAACCCCCUCGCAGCUGUCGUAAUUCAUUUUUUAAAACUAAUUCCAGGGUAAUAUAACACAAAACAUAAUGUUAUAAACUUACACUCAGUAUUUUAUAAAAUGAUCAUAUAAAAUUUUUUGCUAGAUUUACGCUGCUAAAUAAGGCAGAAACGUGUCAUCACAGUCUGUGAAAAAGGUCUGUUGAGCAACUUGAGGAAGUUGAGAAAAGAUCAACUUUAUUCAAAUGAGGAGCGACUUUCUGGAGUCUUUCAGUACUUUCCAGUAGGAGUGAAGAUGGUGUCUGUGGAGCUCACAUCACCCGUCUCCUUUGAAAUAAUGGAGUCGAGUGCAGGCACUGGCAAUGAACAGAUUCUUGAUUUGGGAGCUGCACUUCUUAAAGACUUUAUCUAUGAAAGGGUUCGUCGGCAUGGCUACUGUGAUGCUGUGGUGACCCGGAGUCAGUUGGGUGGGGGGGAGUUAUGUGACCCAAGCCAUAAACGACUUGCACAGUGUUUGCAGCAAAUUGGUGAUGAACUCGAUGGAAAUGUGCAGCUGCAAAGCAUGUUGAAUGACUCUGCACUUCCACCUACUAAAGACGUCUUCAUCAAAGUGGCCCGUGAGAUCUUCUCUGAUGGGAAGUUCAACUGGGGCAGGGUGGUGGCACUUUUCUACUUUGCAUGUCGGCUUGUCAUCAAGGCUAUUUCGACCAAGAUUCCUGACAUCAUCAGAACCAUCAUCAGCUGGACGAUGUCCUACAUUCAGGAACAUGUUAUUAACUGGAUCAGGGAACAGGGUGGCUGGGAGGGAAUUCGCUCUUACUUUGGGACCCCCACAUGGCAGACUGUCGGGGUCUUCCUGGCUGGAGUUCUCACCACUGUGCUGGUGAUCCGCAAGAUGUGAAGACAAGGACAGAGAGGCAGGUGGAGAGCAAGAGAAGGGAAAGUUAAGACAGAGCAGAGGGUGAAACAGACCAGCAAAAGGGAACGGAAAGAUGAGGGGGUUUGGAAUAAAGAAAUACAGAAGAAUGAAGAGAGAGACAAAUAAGAGAUUUGAAAAUGAUUUCAGCUCAUAAAAAGAGAUUGAGAGAGAGAGAGAGAAAGAGAGACGAGGAAAGAGUGAUAGUCUAUCAUAAUACAGAUGAAUCGAUCCAGUCUUGUUACUCCUGAGCCUGUACCCUUUCUCAUCAACAAGCUUAAAUCUCUAUAAUAUUUGCACUGAAGAUGACAGAGAGCGAUUAAUGUACAGGAGUUAAGGUUUAGGUGUAAUUUUAGGUAUUUAUUUUUUAUGUUUGGGGAAAUGGGUGUUUAGGUCAUAUAGGUUCAGAGACUGGAUAUAUUGGGUAUUUGAUUUAAUUUAUUGACAUAGUUUAAAUGUAUACAUUUAGGAUCCAUAUUAUAUUCUUUGUUAGCAUUUUUGUAAGUCAAAUUGUGCAUAAUCACAGUUGAAAUUAGAUUUAAUUAGUUUAUAAUUGCCCUGCAAGUGUUGAAUUAUUGUUAGUUUUAUAAAAAAAAACAUUUUUUUUGGGGGGGGGGAACAUAUUGUCAUCUGAAAGGAUGGGAAUGGGCUCAGGGUGUAUUCUACGGAUCUCUGAAUUUCUCCUCUCUUCCUCAUUCCUCCUCUCUUCUUUUCUUUGUUCAUGGUGUUUGCAACAGCGUUUGAGCAGUGGAAUGCAACAAUGCGGCCAACCAGUCAACACUCUGGUUGCAGUAUGUGUCUAAGUUAUGUGUAUCUAAGUUAAUAUGAGCAAUGAGCCCUACCUUUACAGGGAUGGACAAGACUAGUGACUCUAAAAUGCAUUAAACUUCUCUGAGCCAUGACGAUCGUGUUUUUACAUAACCAAAUAAUUUCCUUUUCAAACAGUGUAGUUACCUGCCUGACUAUCCAAAGACAGGAAGAGUGCAGAUGUGAAUUAUUCAACAAAUGGGGACUUUAUGAACAGCAGUUUGUUUUGCUCGAGCUGGUGCAAACACUCAGUGUCUAAGAGAUUGUGUGCAUUUGUAAAAUGCACAGACACAGACUUUCAUCUCGGACUUGCAGAGAGAUCUGUUGAGCUCUUCCCCUCAGUAAAGUCUUCUCAGUACUGUAUUUUUACUAUGGUUAACCACACCCACAACCUACCUUUACUUGCAAUUGCUCUUUUUUUAUCUUUCUUUCUGUUUUGGUUGUUUGGAUAAAGUGUCAGUUUCCUUUUUUUAUUGAUUUUUUUGUUUUUUUUUUGUUGACAGUGCCUUGGCCUUUUUAUGACGCUAGCCACCACUUUUUCAUCUUUUUCUAUAUCUUUGUAAAAUGGUAUGAAUUGUGCACCCUAAGGCAGUCUACGUGCUGUGAGCUCAUGAGUUUUUAAGAUGUAAAAUGGGACAAUAAAUUGUUUUUAUGGAUUUAAA